AUGUGCGCAAAGUACGAGUUUCAAAAACCCAACGAUCGUAGAGCUUUAGAUCUCAUGAACGUAGCCGCCAUGGCUGUUGUUACGGAUAUCCCCGAGAUCAUCAUAGCAUACGGUGUCAGUGACGAGUAUAGUUUUGUCCUCCACAAGUCCUGUGACUUGUUUGAGCGACGUGCGAGCAAGUUGGUCAGCACCAUCGUAUCUACCUUCACAGCGAAUUACGUAUUUUCUUGGCCCACAUGCUUCCUCGAUACGCCACUGUCCUUCCCUCUACCAACUUUCGAUGGCCGAGCAGUAUGUUACCCAAGUGUCCAGAAUCUACGUGACUAUUUGAGUUGGCGGCAAGUAGACUGUCACAUAAACAAUUUGUAUAACACUACAUUCUGGUCCCUCGUCCAGCUUGGUGGGCUUGACAACAAGGAUGCUGAAAGAACACUAGCCGGCACCUUGGCAGCAGACAAAAACGAGAUACUAUUUUCUAGAUUCCACAUCAACUACAAUAACGAACCGGAAAUAUACAAGAAGGGCAGCGUCAUAUUCAGAGAUUAUGAACUGGUCGAUCCCGGUAGCCACUCGGUUGCUGCAGAGAUUGACGAUUUGGCCGAGCCUGUAACACAAUCGAAAACUCAGACUGAAAAGGAUAAAAAGAGAAGGGCUAAGGCGCGGGUCGUGGUACAGCACUUGGACAUCAUCAAAGAUGACUUCUGGGAUAGAAGACCGUGGAUAUUAUCGAAUAAGCCAGGAAAAGCUCCAAAGGAAACAUAG